AUGGUGGCGUGGGGAAUGGAAACUGAUGCAAUGUGUGUGCUCUGUAAAUCAGCAGCGGAGACACUUGACCACUUGUUCUUCCAAUGCUCAUACUCGGCGAAACUUUGGAAGUCCAUCCUUGCACUAACUGGCUACUCACGGGGACCUCUAACGUCAUGGCAAGCGGAGAUAUCUUGGUUGGUCACCCAUUUUCAAUGGAAUACUCUUCUCAGUAAGGUGAGACGUUUCAGCUUUGUUGUCUUAGUGUACAAGCUAUGGGGUGAAAGGAACAACCGGAUAUUCAAAGGAGGUGAGCUUACUGCUGGUGUUAUUCUACGACAAGUUAUGAAUGACACUAGAGGGCGGUUUUCUGGUGGGAAGUGGGCUGCUUCAGAUGAUAACAGAACUAGGGAUUUCUUUGCCACUUGGGGGAUCCAAGUUCACUUCGGGGCGAUUGGCCGUAUUGCUGCUGGCCAGGUGUUAUUUGCUACUGCUGGAGGUUUCUGUGGCGAUUGCGUCUUGAAGGCAGAGCUAGAGGCUAUUCGAUGUGGGAUGGCAAAGGCAAAGGAUAUGGGCAUUCCUCAGAUUCAGGUUCGAUCAUAUUCAAAGUGCGUUGUGCAAAUGAUAACUGGGCUCUAUACCACACACCUUGGUACUAUCUGGGAUUGA